AUGAUUAAUUUGCCGUGUUUUAAUCUUAGUGGUACUUUGAGUCAUUCUGUUGCAAAUUUAGGUUCUUUAGUUGAUAUCAGAUUGGAGGGUAAUCAUAUCAAUGGCGUAGUGCCUAGUAAUUGGACCAGUUUGAUGAAUAUGAAAUUGUUUGAUCUGAGUAGAGCAUUUUUAACAAAAUUUAAAACACAAACUACCAUUCCUGAUCUUCAUGUUAUGAUAUCUACACCAUUUCACCUUGCCUAUGUUACUGCUGAAAGAAUUAAGAAAGCUAAGAAUUUAGAGCUACUUUUGACUGCCGGAAUUGGUUCUGAUCACAUUGAUCUCAAUGUUGCGGCUGCUGUUGGUUUAACCGUCGCAGAGUCUAUUACAGGAGAAUGGGAUGUUGCUGGCAUUGCACAUAGAGCCUAUGAUCUUGAAGGAAAGACGAUAGGAACGGUGGGUGCUGGACGAAUCGGGAAGCUUUUACUCCAAAGGCUGAAACCUUUUAACUGUAACCUUUUAUAUCAUGAUAGACUUAAGAUGGAGCCUGAAUUGGAGAAAGAAAUUGGAGCUAAGUUUGAAGAGGACCUCGAUACAAUGCUUCCAAAGUGCGAUGUAAUUGCUCCAACAAAGUUACCAGAUACAGAGAGAUGGUUAGAGGGAUUUGCAACCUUAGAUAGCAGAUCCAUAUAA